UAUUGGGGCACAUAUCCGCUUUCUCAUCAACAUCCUCUUCUCUCAUCCCCUUUCCCAUCCUCAUUCAUUCGCUCAUGGCCAACAACGAGAACACCACUAAGGACCAGGUCCAAGGCAAGGACAGGCUCAGUUUCAGUCUUCGAUCCAUCUCCUUUUCUCACUACAACGAAAAGGCACGCUGGGCCUUGGAUUACUAUGGGGUUCCCUACGUUGAGUACCGAUCCCUACCCCUCUGUCACAUAAUCUCCAUGUACAACUACCGCGCCAAGGUCCGUCCAGCUCCCGGAAGCAGCCCCUUCGUCACGCCCUUCCUCAUGGGAACCCCAACUUCUGCGGAUGCCUCCAGCGAUGAAAAGAUCAUCAUCAACGACUCGACCCAGAUCCUCCAGUUCCUGUCUGACCAAUACGCCGCACCCGCGAAUAGCAACGGCCCAUUGUCGGGACCUGCAAAUCUCUACUCGGACGAUGAAGCGACCAAGGAAAAAAUCCUCGCACUCGAGGAACGGUUCGACGCCAUGAUUGGCCCACACAUCCGCCGAUACAUGUACUACGAGAUCCUGUGUAGAGCCCCCAGCUCGGUCGGUCGCGGGUUGGGACAGCACGGCAACGCAGGUGCCCUCCAGAAAUGGGUCUGGACCCUGUUCUUCCCACUAAUCUCAUGGGCCCUGUGCAAGGCCAUACGCAUCAAUGAAAAAUCCGCGGCGAGGUCGAAGGAUAUUCUGAGACGCGAGUUUGAGCAUGUCUCGCGCGUACUCGAGUCGGGCCCACCUGGACCGGCAUACUUGGUCGGGAACCAGCUGUCGGCCGCGGAUUUGACGUUUGCGAGUCUGGCGGGGUUGGCUGUGGGGGUGACACAGGAGGAUGGGCUUGGGGCCUGGGUGCCGCCGGUGGAGCAAUUGGGACCAGAGGCGAGAGAGUUUUGUGAGGAGCUGAGACAGACGACGGCGGGGAAGCAUGUGUUAGAGUGCUAUAAAUUGCAUCGUGGACAGAAAGCGCCCGGGUCGAGCUACGGGUACUCUUUCUUUGGCCUCUGGUGAACUAAUAAAGAUGUCCUUGGCGUCAGUUGACAGUUCCAGGGUCUAUAUUGCUAUGUUUAGUGUAUGUAUGACGAUGCAAAUGAAC